AUGGGCCUGAGAUACAGGCCUGGUCUACACUGGGGUCAAGGGGGUGAUGUCGAUCCCAGCCAGCUCCUUGGGGCUCCAGAGCGGGCCGGGGCUGGGUGGGGGCGGCCCCUUCUACUCCUGCUGGCUGGGGCCUGCAGCCUCGCCCUGCUCGGCUACAGCGUCUACUUCGACCGGCAGCGGAGAAACGCCCCCGACUUCCAGCGGAAGCUGCGGCAGAAAAGAAGAAAAGAACGUGAAAAAGCUAAAGUGCAUGAUGUUGAGUUAUGCGAGAUGAAAAAUAUUGGAAGGGUACGUGAAUUCUUUCUGCAAGAGGUGAAGCUGGGAGAACACUGGUUAUCUACAGGAGAACAUAAGAAGAGUGUGGAGCACCUCACUAAUGCUAUUUCAGUGGGUGCACAGCCACAUCAGCUACUGCAGAUUUUGCACAAUACACUACCACCACAAGUCUUUGAGAUGCUUGUGCAGAGAGUACCAUAUGCAAAACAAAAGCAGUGCAAAGGCUUGGGGGAUUCAGGGGUAACAGAGGAGCUG